UCCCCGCCCCCCGCGCACCCUGCCGCCGCCGCCGUUCCCAUUCCCAUUCUCGUUCCCAUUCCCUUCACGUCCGCCUUCCGGCCCCGGCGCGCUCGCUCCGCCGCUCCGCGAUGGCCAGCACCUUCGCCCGCGCCCUCUCCGCCCGCCGCUCCGCCGGCCUCCUGGCCAUGGUGGGCGCCGGCUCCCUCGCCGCCGGCUUCCUCCUCGCCCGGGACACGGUCAGCGCGGGCGACCGGCAGCGGCGGCGCUACCCGCCCAGCGCUGAGUACCCCGACCUGCGGAAGCACAACAACUGCAUGGCCAGCAAUCUGACGCCAGCCAUCUAUGCCAGGCUCUGUGACAAAGCAACCCCAAAUGGCUGGACCUUGGACCAGUGUAUCCAGACGGGUGUCGACAACCCCGGCCACCCCUUCAUCAAGACUGUGGGCAUGGUAGCUGGUGAUGAAGAAACCUAUGAGGUGUUUGCUGACCUGUUUGACCCCGUGAUUCAGGAGCGGCACAACGGAUACAACCCCCGCACGAUGAAGCAUGUCACUGACCUGGAUGCCACCAAGAUAAAGUUUGGCCACUUCGAUGAGCGCUACGUGCUCUCCUCCCGGGUCCGGACUGGGCGCAGCAUCCGCGGGCUGAGCCUGCCACCAGCCUGCACCCGUGCUGAGCGUCGAGAGGUGGAGAAGGUGACCGUGGAGGCACUGAAUGGUCUCACUGGAGACCUAGCAGGCCGGUACUACCGCCUCAGCGAGAUGACAGAGAAGGAGCAACAGCAGCUCAUUGAUGACCACUUCCUCUUCGACAAGCCAGUGUCCCCGCUCCUGACAGCAGCAGGAAUGGCCCGGGACUGGCCCGACGCCCGAGGGAUCUGGCACAACAACGAGAAGACCUUCCUGAUCUGGAUCAACGAGGAGGAUCACACGCGCGUCAUCUCCAUGGAGAAGGGUGGCAACAUGAAGCGCGUCUUCGAGCGGUUCUGUCGGGGCCUGAAGGAGGUGGAGCGGCUAAUCCAGGAGCGAGGCUGGGAGUUCAUGUGGAACGAGCGGCUGGGUUACAUCCUGACCUGCCCCUCCAACCUGGGCACCGGGCUGCGAGCAGGUGUCCACAUCAAGCUGCCGCUGCUCAGCAAGGAUAGCCGCUUCCCUAAGAUCCUGGAGAAUCUUCGGCUACAGAAGCGUGGCACAGGAGGUGUGGACACUGCAGCUACUGGCAAUGUCUUCGAUAUUUCCAACCUGGACCGUCUGGGGAAGUCAGAGGUGGAGCUGGUGCAGCUGGUGAUAGACGGUGUGAACUACCUGAUUGACUGUGAGCGGCGGCUGGAGAAGGGGCAGGACAUCCGCAUCCCCUCCCCAGUGCCGCAGUUCCGGCACUGAACUGGACCAAGGCAGCGCCAGGCCCAUGGGACCCAGCACCCCCAUAGCUUAUGUGAUCUCUGUGCCCAGCAUGUCGCUGCGUCCUGUUACCCACAAUGCGCCAGGCCAGACCUCAUAAAUGUGCGCUGCUGUA